AAAGGCCGGAAAGUACGAAGGUUGAAAAGACCGUUUAUCAAAUGGCAGGAUAGUCAAAAAGUUCAUGCUCCAUCAUACAAGGAAUGCUCCACUCCUCGUUGGACCACUGUCUAUUUCGGGCCAGCAGCUGGAAAUUGUGUCUUCCGUCGAGUUACGGCCGAACAACUGGAGAAGAGAAAGCAAAGAGAAAACGAAGCCUUGAUAGAGGAGGAUUCUGAUCCACCUAGUUCACCUGGUCGAGAGAGAAGCGCCAAAUCUGGAAAGUCUGUUAAGUUGAAUCGCACCGUGAAAACACCUACGAAUAAGUUUUGUGAUUUAUGCGGAAAAACUUUCGAGGAUAUGGAACAGCAUUAUGAGUCCAGGGAACAUGCAGUGACCGCAACACGCCCUGGUGUGUAUGACGAAGUUGAUAUGUGCACGGGAGCUGUUGUUGAUUAUGUGAUAUGUCCUGCUGCACCAUCAUUUGUACGAUUACCCGAAAUCAUUCCUGAAGAAGACGAGCCGAUCUUACCAAAUGAUGGCACAUGGGACUAUGAAUAUAGUGAAGGCAACUACGAGUGUACCUUACUGAAUACGAGGUCUUAA